AUGGCGGCGUUGAGCAGCGCCGAGUCCCCACCGCCCGUCUUUAACGGAGACACCGCGGAGCGGGAGCCGGGCCGGGAGCCGGGCCUGGAGGAGCCGGGCGCCGGGCUGGACGCCUCCUGCGCGCCGGGGAUCUCCGGAGGUCCGCAGGAUGAGGAGAUCUGGAACAUCAAACAGAUGAUAAAGUUGACACAAGAACACUUAGAGGCUCUUCUGGACAAGUUUGGGGGAGAACACAAUCCUCCCUCCAUAUAUCUAGAGGCCUAUGAGGAGUACACCAGUAAGCUAGACGCCCUGCAGCAGAGGGAGCAGCAGCUGUUGGAGGCCAUGGGGAACGGCACAGACUUCUCCUGCUCUCCCACAAGCACGCCAGCCCUUCUGGAGGUCAAGAUGGGGAGCUGUGGGGCUGGAGGGGGCGCUCAGGCCUUUCCUUCGGCCCCAUGCACAUUGGAUUGCCUGCAGACCCCCACCGACGCCAGCCGAGCCAACCCUCGCUCCCCGCAGAAACCCAUCGUGAGGGUCUUCCUGCCCAACAAACAAAGAACAGUGGUCCCGGCCCGCUGUGGGAUGACUGUGAGAGACUCGUUGAAGAAAGCUCUGAUGAUGCGAGGCCUCAUCCCCGAGUGCUGUGCCGUGUACAGGAUGCAGGAUGGAGAGAAGAAGCCUCUUGGCUGGGACACAGACAUAUCCUGGCUGACAGGGGAGGAGUUACAUGUAGAAGUGUUAGAGAAUGUGCCGCUCACCACACACAACUUUGUGAGGAAGACCUUCUUCACACUGGCCUUCUGUGACUUCUGCAGAAAGCUGCUCUUCCAGGGUUUCCGCUGUCAGACCUGCGGUUACAAGUUCCACCAGCGCUGCAGCACUGAGGUUCCACUCAUGUGCGUCAACUACGACCAGCUAGACUUAUUGUUAGUGUCCAAGUUCUUUGAGCAUCACCCGUUCACCCAGGAGGAGGGGUGCUCAGAGGGAACCACCCCCGUGUCUGAGGCCUAUCCGUCACUUCCCCCGUCCGACUCCAUGGGGUCUAUAUGCCACGCCAGUGUAUCACCGUCCAGGUCCAUACCCAUCCCACCCAGUUUCCGACCCAACGAGGAGGACCACCGCAACCAGUUUGGCCAGCGGGACCGUUCGUCCUCGGCCCCCAACGUCCAUAUUAACACCAUCGAGCCUGUCAACAUAGACGACCUGAUUCGAGAUCAGAGCUUACCACGAUCAGAUGGAGCCCCCCCGACCCACCCCGCCCGCUGCUUGAGGAAGCACCGAACACGGACCUCAAGCCCCCUCCUAUACUCCUACCCCAAUGACAUAGUGUUUGAUUUUGAGCCUGAGCCUGUUUUCCGAGGCUCCACCGCCGGGCUGUCGGCCACGCCGCCCGCCUCUCUACCCGGCUCCCUGUCCAACGUCAAGGCUCCACAGAAGUCGCCGUGUCCGCAGAGGGAGCGCAAGUCCUCGUCCUCGUCUGAGGACCGCAAUAAGAUGAAAACCCUGGGGAGAAGGGACUCCAGCGAUGACUGGGAGAUCUCAGAGGGUCAGAUCACUCUGGGCCAGAGGAUAGGCUCUGGAUCCUUUGGAACUGUCUACAAGGGAAAGUGGCACGGUGACGUGGCGGUGAAGAUGUUGAACGUCACCGCGCCCACGCCACAGCAGCUCCAGGCCUUCAAGAAUGAAGUGGGAGUCCUCAGGAAAACGCGUCACGUGAACAUCCUGCUGUUCAUGGGCUACACCACCAAGCCUCAGCUGGCCAUCGUGACCCAGUGGUGCGAAGGCUCCAGUCUGUACCACCACCUGCACAUCAUCGAGACCAAGUUUGAGAUGAUCAAGCUGAUCGACAUCGCCCGGCAGACUGCUCAGGGCAUGGACUACCUGCAUGCCAAAUCAAUCAUCCACAGAGAUUUGAAGAGCAACAAUAUUUUCCUCCAUGAGGAUCUGACGGUGAAGAUCGGUGACUUCGGCCUGGCUACAGUGAAGUCCCGCUGGAGUGGCUCUCACCAGUUUGAGCAGCUGUCUGGAUCUAUUCUGUGGAUGGCUCCAGAGGUGAUCCGGCUGCAGGACAAGAAUCCCUACAGCUUCCAGUCAGACGUCUACGCCUUCGGCAUCGUGCUGUACGAGCUCAUGUCCGGAGUGCUGCCCUACUCCAACAUCAAUAACCGAGACCAGAUCAUAUUCAUGGUGGGUCGAGGUUACUUGGCUCCCGACCUCAGCAAAGUGCGCAGCAACUGUCCAAAGGCCAUGAAGAGGCUGAUGGCCGACUGUCUGAAGAAGAAGAGGGAGGAGCGACCUCUCUUCCCUCAGAUCCUGGCGUCCAUUGAGCUGCUGGCUCGCUCGUUACCCAAAAUCCACCGCAGCGCCUCGGAGCCUUCGUUAAACCGAGCCGGCUUCCAGACGGAGGACUUCAGCUUGUACGCCUGCGCCUCCCCCAAAACCCCCAUCCAGGCCUGUGGCUAUGGGGAGUUUUCAGCAUUUAAGUAAGUGCUGCAGAUCCCACCACUCCAUCCCUCGUCACUUCUCAAAAGUCUUGUGUCUCUGCGGUGGAUUAAUUACUGGGAAAAAAAGAAAAAAUUUGUCUCAAAGAACCUGAAGAAGGCAACCAAAAGCUGUCCUGCAGUCAAACAGCCACUGCGACAGACAAAACUGAAUUAGGAAAAAUAAUAAAAGAGCAAAAAAAGCAACUUGAAUGACACAAAACGAAAAACAACAUCCAUACCAAAACCGUUUUCCCGCCUGCCGGAGGGAAAAGAUGAAGGCGACAAUGAAGGGGAGACGGCGGAGGGACGUCAGGAGGAAGUCGAGGCUGUGGACGCCGCUCGUCUCGUCGUUUCCAGUGCCAACGAGGAGGGGGGCUGGGGUUUUUUCAGCCGGGCCGCCGCCGCCCUGCACUGGGAGUGACGGCAGAACCGGGCCUGUGGAAGGAGACCCCGCGCCCCCAUCUGACGGGGGUAGAGCUGGAAGGUCGGGCGCCCGCCUUGUUCCCCCACGAGAGCUGGAGGUCACUGGGCAGGGGGUUAACCCCACCACCCCCCCACCUGAAGAGCGAUGACUUGAAAGAUAGAUCUAUUUUCACUUUUUCAGUUGUUUCUCCUGUUUCAGAGUUAAGCUAGCAUUGGCUAGGAAUGAUGACCUUUUUCCGUCCUUUGUUUCUCUAGAAGAGAUGGUAGCUGUGCGGCAUGCAGCACUGGCCCUUUUUUUUUGUCCUUUUGGGCUUAAUGCUGACCAAAUUCUGCAAAAUACUGAGUUUUGCCUUCUUGUUUGCCUCCAACAAAGUCAACACUGGUGAUGAAAUGGCCGCAGCUCUUUAUCUCUCUGGAAUAGAUUGUGCAUGCGAAAGCAGGAGAAGCAGAUUUUCAAGAGUCCUGAGCACAGUAGCUGCUCUAUGGGAGGAAAAAUGCUAAUUUAUUUGACGAUUCUUGGAAACAACGCGAGAGGGAUUUCGUGGUCCAUCUAAAAAGAACCCGGUCGUAGUUAACUCAUUAGAUUGGUCUCGAUUCGCAAGAUCUCCUGAUGUUGGAUCAUUCGACGGAGACGCUCUACCUUUUCAAAUGAUCUCAUUGGAAGGGGUUAUUUGUGUGGCUUCCAUUUGGGAGAACAGAUGCAGGCUUGAUAGAUGAUGGAAGCUAAACAAGGUUUGUUUUUUAAAGAGCCUAGUCUAAGCCAAGCUGCUGCCCGGGUUCAUACUGACCUAAAGAGUGUGUACAGUAAGUUGUUACACAGCAUCUUCGCAACUAAAGCUUUUCAUUCGCUUCUGACGCUUUUCCGCAGAACCCAAACUCUACUUUCUUUUGUGACACCAAGUGCAUGUCUUUCUUGCUUUCUUUUUUUUAAUCACGUGGCUUUAAUAUUGCACUCUGCUUAAGACGGGGACCUUACUUGUUGCCGCUGGUGACCAAUGAGCCGCAGUGUGAUCUGCUGAAGGGACACGUGGUCUUCUGGCAGGUUCUGUUAGUCUUGAAAAAAAAAAAGAAGUUCUGAAACGUCCUUUCAGUCACACCUUUCUAACCUUUUUCUACACACAUGCACCUGUACUCUUUUCAUUCCAGCGUGUGUUGUAGGUGUUACACAUUCUUUUUUUUUUUCUUGUUUUUUCAUUAUUGUCAUUAUUUGCCUUUUUCUGUACAGGCAGGCCUGCAGAUAUUUACUUAUUUAUAUGAAUCUUUUUUUUUUUGUUGGUUUAACUGAUUUAAUUUCAGAACCGCUUUAUUUUACGCUCUGUCUUUCUUUAGACGCUUGUUUUAGUCUUUGUGACUCGUGUACUUGCACUUUGUAGAGAUGAGACGGAUCGAAGCAAACGAGCGACUAGCCUUGACUUUUUUUUUAUUGAAGUAUAAAUUUUGACAUACAGAGCUGAUGACCUAAAAAUCCACCUAAUGCAUGAGUCAUCUGCCGAGGCCCAAGUGUGAAUAUUUUUUGCAGAGAAUGACUCUUUGAUAAAGCCUCCGCGAGCCGAGUAUGUCACCAUGUGUGAUGGGGAGCGGAGAAAAUGAGGCUGCUGGCUUGAUGAAUGGAUGUUUUGGAGGUAGAGCACACAAGUUGAAGUGUCCAUCCAUCCAAAUACAACAAACUGGUUCUUCACAUUCAUCAUGGAUCAUGCCUUUCCAUCAUAAACGCCAUGAACUAAACCCCCACUCCCACCCCCCCAACCGCUUCAUGGAACUGUCCGGUUUGUGAGGAGAUACACUUACUUAUCAUCUUACCCACAAGUCCCAUCUCAUGGCUGCAACGGAUUUAGCCUAGCUUAGCACAAAGACUGGAAGCAGAGGGGGGAAACUGCUAGCCCCGACCCAGGACAGACUUACAGCUUAUCCCAGUCCUGGAUCAUCAACCUCCUGAAAUUUGGACCUUUUUUCGUCACAGGGCAGCUCAUGAAAUGUGUCACACUUGUAUAUUGAACAUGCAAGUGUGGUUAAAACUUAAAGGGUAACCAAACCCAACUCUGUGUGAAGCCUGGCAUCUACUGGUGAAAGCACGGCACUAAAUUACCACCGGCUAUUGUUCUGGUAAUCAUUCUGAGCAUUAUUCUGUCAUUGUCUCAGCAGUGUCGGCUACGCUGCUGGUUCACAUGAUGCUUUGGUUCAAGUCUUGUAAACAGCUUGUGCCCUCCCAUGGUAAAAUGCUGCACUUAUUGAGCACAAGUCGAUGUUGGUUGGGUUUUUAAAGGACAGCCCGAGUUAUGUGCUUUCACCAGGAGACUAAGCUCCACGUUGGUUUGGUUUGGUUUGUACUCUAUACUCUGUACACUGUACUUCUAAAGUCUGUAAAUUCCAAAGACAUAGAAACAGUAUUGGCCUCUUAAAUGUUACAUAUCCUUCGGUAUGAGGGACGUUGGUCUCUAUCCUUAGCUUCACUAAGCAUCUGAAGAAAAACCAUCAGUUUCAGGUUGUAAAAGAGACUUUGAGUCAUUAGAGAGACAACGAUGCCAUGGUCAGGGAAGGCUACAGGUUUGGAGAUAAAGAUAAAAAAACAGCUUUAGGUGGAAGUGGAAGAUGAGGUAAUUGGUUAAGGGUUCUUUAAUCAUUACAUUCUACUAACUGCCUCAGAAACCUGAUUUAAUCCUCUUCUCUGCCUCAGAGCUAUAAUUAUGGCUUUAUAUAUAUAUAUAUAUAUAUAUAGAUUUUUUUUUUUUUUAUGAAGUCAGGGCUCUGACGCAGGCCUUGGUCAUUACAGCUCAAGGAUACACAUCUCCAAGCACUGGACCACACAGUCACUAACACUUUCACAUAAAGGACAGUUCAGAGUCCGUGGACUGUGGCAGGAAUCUGUAGGGAACAUGCACAGUUUACAGAGGAAGCCACUACUCACUGAAUCUGACCUUAUUUUCACGAGAGUUUAACUUCUGAAGAAAGAUACACAAAAUACAUUUUGUCACAUCUCAAUUAAUUUAGAGUGCCAAUUAAGGUUGGAAAGCAAGUAAACUGUCCGGGCUGUUAUCUCCAAACCUAAACUGUCUGGUCUCUGCUCAAAGUCCUCUCACAUGCUCGUCUCGGAGCUGUUGACUGUAUCUCAUGGUCCUCUUCAGCGCGCUGAGCUGACAAAGUGGAAAAAAUGCAGAUGUUCAAACUUUGAUCGAUGAUUCCGGUCAAAUCCUUCUUGUUCAUGUCGGGGGGAAAAAGACAACCAUGGAGAUUCAUUCUUGAUGUUGGAAAGAACCUCAGCUCCAAGUUUACUUACUGGCUUGUUGUAACAAAUCUAGGUCAAUGUUAAAGUCCACACAUUCGAAUCAAUUAAACCUCCAAACACGUGAUAUGGUUCAGAACCAGAUAGUAAGUGGACUUACUUAAAAUUCGGUUUACUAGGUCAACAAUGAACUGGCGUCCUCACUGGAAAAUAUCACGUGGUCUCAGUCCUCUUCCACAGGCAUCGGUGUGGUCCUUCAGAAACUAGCAGAUAGUAGUAAUCUGGGAUUUCACAUUUUCAUAUUCUUCAUUGUUACAGGACCUGAGGAAGUAAACAGCAACGUCUUUAAGAAUGCUGUAUUUAUUAUCAAGUUUUCUGAUGUCCGUCUCUAAACCAGAGAGUUUACAGGACUGACUCUCUCCGCCGCCCUCCUCUUAUCUCACUCUCUCACUCUCUUCUCCGCCACAUAAUGCACAGCCUUGCUCUCUCGUCAUUCCCCCUUUUUGUUCUUCAGACACAUUCCCCUCCUCCUUCCUCCUUGCCUGCACCUUAAACCCAACAACUGAGAACUAUCAUGGAAAAAAAAAAAACUAACUUUAUGGAGAACUUUUUUGGGGUUAUGUUUUUGUUUCACCUGUAAAUAGUUGUACAAAGGAAAUAGUCAGUUUGCUAGGAGGCAUGGAGACCACAAAUGUAACAAAUGAUAAACUGUUGAAAAUGAAGAGAGAAGGAUUAAAAGAUGUUUUGAUAGGCAGACUUCUGAGAAAACCAGUUGAGUGUAAAAACUAUUUAAGGAUGUAUCAUAAGAAGAAAAAGCUUAAUGUAUUUGUUGUGAAUAUGAAAAACUGAUAUAUUAAAGAAGUGCAUGAAAACUGUA